AUGAUAAAUUCAACAUCUUCAAAAUUUGACGAUGAUGAUAUUGAUGACGAUGAAUUACUUGCUGUGUGUGAUGAUAUUCCUCUGAAGAAAAUAGAACCAGCGGUUCCAUUGGUUGAAGUAGCGUCAUUUGGAUUUCCAUUUGAACCCUAUCAAAUUCAAAUUGAAUUUAUGCGUGGUCUUUAUUCGACUAUUCAACAACGCAAACAUGGUAUAUUCGAAUCACCUACUGGCACCGGUAAAAGUUUGAGUUUAAUAUGUGGUUCACUGCGAUGGCUAUUUGAUGAGAUACAAUCAUGGAAAGAUGAAUACGAAGAAUUACAGAAACCGAACGAAUCAAAAAAUGAAAACAGUACUGAUGAUUGGUUAAAACGAUUAAUGAAACGUAAAGAAGAAGAAACUGCAAAAGAAAAAAGACGAGAAGAAUUAAAAGUUAAAAUUGAUCUUGAAGAGCAAUAUGCAAAUGCAGCAAAGAAUACAUUAGCAGCUAGUAUUAAAAAAACGAAACGCGAUUUUGAUGCAAAAUAUCGAGAUUUAUUUCAUAGUGACGUACCAUCAAAAUCUGAUGAUGACGAUAUAUUCACAUCUAAAGAUCAAUUAAAAAUUGAUAAUGACGAUGAACUUAGUGAUGAAGAAUUGCUUAUAAAGGAUAAUGAUCGAAAAAUAUUAUUUGAUGAUAUUGAUUCACCGACAAAAACUGAUUCGAUAGGCUUACGAGAAAAAAAAGCACAUAUACAAAAAAUUUUCUUUUGCACUCGUACACAUUCACAAAUAUCACAAUUUAUUGGUGAAAUUCAAAAGACAAAAUAUAUUGAUCAAUUACGUUUAGUAGCACUUGGAUCACGUCAGAAUUUAUGUAUUAAUGAGUCUGUGUCGAAACUGAAAUCAUUGGCAUUGAUUAAUGAAAAAUGUCUUGACUUACAAAAACAGAAAAAAGAAAAAAAAACAACAACAGGAAAACGACAAAAGACCGCUUGUGGCUGUUCAUUUUUACAACAAGAUCGAGUCGAAUGUUUAUCUAAUGAUAUUCUGAGUGAUGUGCAAGAUAUUGAAGACGUUGUUAAACUGGGCCGUGAAUUAAAUACAUGUCCUUAUUAUGCAACACGUGCAGCUAUUGCAGCUGCUCAUAUUGUUCUUUUACCAUAUCAAACUCUAAUGCAUAAAUCAACAAGAGAGGCAUGUGGUAUUGAAAUGCGUGAUAAUGUUGUAAUCAUUGAUGAAGCACAUAAUUUGCCAGAUGCUAUAUGCUCCAUGCAUUCAAACGAAAUAAGUGGAAAUCAAUUAAUCGAUUCCUAUGGUCAAUUAUCACGUUAUCAUGAAAAAUAUAAAAAUCGUUUAACAGCAAAAAAUCUACUUGCAAUAAAACAACUAUUAGAUGUACAAAUCAAUUUAAUCAAAACCCUUUGCUCAAAAGAAAACCUGCCAAUAGUGUACGAUAGUGAAAAAUGGAGUAAUCUCGUAGCUUCAUCGAAUAAGACAGAAACUUCUUCAACCGUUGAUCUAAUUGAUUAUUUAUCGGAUGCUGGCAUUUAUGUUAAUCUAUUUCAACUUAUUGAUUACAUUAAAUCAAAUGAAAUAACUAAAAAGUUGCACGGUUUUAUGUCAAAAUAUCCUGUAAAUAAAAAUCAAUUACUGGAUGAAAAGAAAACUAAUGAAAGUGCAUUACAAAAAUUAUUACAAAAACAAACGCAAAAACAAUUGCAGCAAAACGUUGCUGAUGCAGAUCAAUUAAAUAAAGAAUCAACUGAACAAAAAAUCUCAAACUCAUUUGCUAUUUUUGCUACAUUUCUCGGAGCACUAACUAAUCCACGUGAUGAUGGAAAAAUUAUUCUCAUUAGAAAAGAAACUCUUGGACAAUGUUCGAUCAAGUAUUUUGCUCUUAAAACGUCAUCGUUUUUCCACGAAAUUGUUAAUGAAGCACGUUCAGUUAUUGUAGCUGGUGGAACGAUGAGACCAAUUAAUGAAUUUAUCGAUCAUCUUUUUCUUGCCUGUGGUCAACCUGAAGAAAAAAUUUUUCAAUUAUCAUGCAAUCACAUUGUUCCAGAAGAAAAUGUACUCGCUAUAGCACUUCCAUCAGGUCCACAAAAUAUUGAAUUUGAAUUUACUGCAGUCAAUCGUUCGAAUACGACAAUGAUGGAUGAGUUAGGACGUGUUCUUGUAGCACUUUGUUCUACUAUACCGGAUGGUGUUGUGAUCUUUUUUUGUUCAUACGAUCAUUUACAAAAAGCUUAUGCGUAUUUUGAAAAAACAUUUGUAUUGAAUAAGAUUAUAGCCAAAAAGAAGAUAUUUAUGGAACCAAAGCGUUCAAGUGAUGUCGACACUAUUCUUACGAAUUAUACAAAAUCAAUUAAAUGUGGUACUGGUGGUCUACUUUUUUCAAUUGUUGGUGGAAAAAUGAGUGAAGGAAUAAAUUUUUCUGAUGAAUUAGCUCGAUGUGUAUGUGUUGUUGGUAUGCCUUAUCCCAAUAUUGGUUCAUCGGAAAUGAUUGAAAAAAUGCGUUAUUUGGAUUCAAUGAAAAUAAAAUCGACUACAACAGGAGAAACUGCUGGUAGAGCCUAUUAUGAAAACACUUGUUGGAAAGCUAUUAAUCAAAGUAUUGGUCGAGCAAUUCGGCACCGUGGAGAUUAUGCUUGUCUUCUUUUAAUUGAUAAACGAUAUAGCAAAACAAAUAUAUCAUCGAAAUUACCACAUUGGUUAGCAAAUAGUUUUCAUCAAAUGAAAAACUUCAAAGAAGCAUCAAAUGCAAUGCAACAGUUUUUUAUUCAACGUUCAAAUAAAUCAACAUCAUCAGUACCAUAUUAG